AUGCUGCGCGGGGGAACGAGCGUGCUGGGGAUCAUCAACUUCAUCACCUUCCUGAUCUCGAUCCCGAUCCUGGGCGGCGGCAUCUGGCUGGCGUCGCGGGCCAACUCCACGGACUGCAUCCGCUUCCUGCAGUGGCCCAUCAUCGUCGUGGGGCUCGUCCUCAUGGUCAUCUCCCUCAUGGGCUUCGCCGGCGCCUGCUACCGCCAGACCUGGCUCCUCCGCCUCUACCUCUUCGCCAUGUUCUUCGUCGUCCUCGCCCUGCUCUUCUUCAUCGUCUUCGCCUUCGCCGUCACCGACCGCGGCGACGGCCAGGUCGUCAUGAACCGCCGCUUCCCCGAGUACCAGCUCUCCGACUACAGCGGCUGGCUCCGCGACCGCGUCGCCGACCCGCAGUACUGGGCCACCAUCAGCGCCUGCCUCCGCGACGGCCACGCCUGCGCCGGCAUGCGGCGCCUCGCGCGGGACCCCAACACCGGCAUGCUCGUGCCGGAGACGCCUGCCAUGUUCUACGGCCGCAACCUCUCCCCGAUUCAGUCUGGAUGCUGCAAGCCACCGACAUCAUGUGCAUUCACCUAUAUGAACGAGACGUACUGGACACAAAACCCUGGUGUGCCGACUGUGAUCAAUGACCCUGACUGCAGCAGGUGGAGCAACGACCAGCAGAUGCUGUGCUUCCAGUGCGACUCGUGCAAGGCUGGUGUCCUCGCAGGCAUCAAGAAGAGCUGGCGCAAGGUGGCCAUCCUGAACAUCGUGGUGUUGAUCAUCCUUGUGAUUGUCUAUGUCGCGGGCUGUGCCGCGUUCCGCAAUGCCAAGAGGAUCGAGAAUGAUGAGCCGAUCGGCAUGGCGCGGAUGACCAAGUCCCAUCCAAGCAGGUUCCAGUUCUAG